GCUCGGUGCGCUAGGAAGGAGAAGGGCGCUGGAGGAGGAAGAAGAAAAAACUCCCAGCACGCUGGCGGAACGGGGUCACGAACUAUGACCUUUCACAGAAGAAAAACAAUAACAAAUAAUUUUUAAAAACACCGAGAUCCAAAGGCGGCGUUGUUUAUUGCAGGAGGUUCCACUAAUGAUCUUACAUCACCAUGGCAACCAAUAUGGAGGUGCUAGCUCAGCAGAUAGUGGCCACAGAGCAGGUCCAGACAGUGCAGGCCUCCCCCCCAGACUCCUCAGUGAUGAGCGGCUCUCCGCAGCGCAUCCAGAUCAUUUCCGCUGACUCCGCUGUCACCACUCCACAGCGCAUACAGAUUGUAACUGACCAGCAGACAGGUCAGAAGAUCCAGAUUGUCACAGCGGUGGACCCAUCCAGCACUUCCAAACAGCAGUUCAUCUUGGCCACCCCAGAUGGGUCCAGUCCUGGCAAGGUGAUCCUGGCCUCUCCAGAGACACAGAACACCAAGCAGCUUAUCUUCACCACGGCCGAUAGCCUCGUGCCAGGGCGGAUACAGAUUGUGACAGAUGCUGCGUCGGUGGAGCGCCUGCUCGGCAAGGCAGGGGAUGUGGGCCGGCCGCAGCCGGUGGAGUACUGCGUCGUGUGUGGCGACAAGGCCUCAGGGCGACACUAUGGCGCCGUGAGCUGUGAGGGCUGCAAAGGCUUCUUCAAAAGGAGCGUCCGCAAGAACCUCACCUACAGCUGCCGCAGCAACCAGGACUGCAUCGUCAACAAGCACCACCGCAACCGCUGCCAGUUCUGCCGUCUGCGGAAAUGUCUGGAGAUGGGCAUGAAGAUGGAGUCUGUGCAGAGUGAAAGGAAGCCGAUCGACUUGCCAAGAGAAAAACCUGCAAACUGCGCGGCUUCCACUGAAAAAAUCUAUAUCAGAAAGGACUUGCGGAGCCCUCUCAUUGCCACGCCCACCUUCAUCACAGACAAAGAUGGUUCCAGGUCUAGUCUCCUUGACCCAGGAAUGCUGGUCAAUAUUCAGCAGCCAUUGAUACAAGCAGACGGAACAUUACUUUUAGCUACAGACUCAAAGGCUGAAUCAAGUCAAGGUGACCUGGGGACGCUAGCAAACGUGGUGACCUCUCUGGCCAACCUAAAUGAGUCUCUGAACAAUGGUGAUACCUCAGACGUCCAGCAGGAAGAGCAGUCUGCCAGCGAGAUAACACGUGCCUUCGACACCCUGGCCAAAGCCCUUAAUCCAACAGACACCAGCGCUGGACAGAACCUUGUAGAGGGUGUGGAUGGGGCAGGUGGGGCCACUAUACAGGUGAUCAGCAGAGACCAGGCCACACCCAUCAUUGAAGUGGAGGGACCACUACUCACAGACACUCAUGUUAGUUUUAAGCUAACGAUGCCCAGCCCCAUGCCUGAGUACCUGAAUGUGCACUACAUCUGCGAGUCUGCGUCCCGCCUCCUCUUCCUCUCCAUGCAUUGGGCGCGCUCCAUCCCGGCAUUCCAAGCACUCGGUCAGGACUGCAACACCAGUCUGGUCCGGGCCUGCUGGAAUGAGCUCUUCACCCUGGGGCUGGCGCAGUGUGCUCAGGUCAUGAGCCUCUCCACCAUCCUGGCUGCCAUCGUCAACCACCUGCAGAACAGCAUACAGGACGACAAGCUGUCAGGUGACCGAAUCAAGCUGGUGAUGGAGCACAUCUGGAAGCUGCAGGAGUUCUGCAACAGCAUGGCCAAGCUGGACACGGACGGCUACGAGUACGCCUACCUGAAGGCCAUAGUGUUGUUCAGUCCAGAUCACCCAGGACUGAGCAGUACUAGCCAAAUUGAGAAGUUCCAGGAAAAAGCCCAGAUGGAGCUGCAGGAUUAUGUUCAGAAGACCUACCCCGAUGACACCUACAGAUUGGCCCGGAUCCUGAUGCGUCUCCCGGCCCUCCGUCUCAUGAGCUCCAGCAUCACAGAGGAGCUGUUCUUCACAGGCCUCAUCGGGAACGUCCCCAUCGACAGUAUCAUCCCUUACAUCCUGAAGAUGGAGACGGCCGAGUACAACAGCCAGAUCACAGGAUCCUCAGCAUGACCCCCC